CUGUUACAGUGACUGUCAGAGGGAACUGCACCCUGUCAGUCUCCAAUCGGCGUUACAGUCCCAGUGAAUGUUACAGUGACUGUCAGAGGGAACUGCACCCUGUCAGUCUCCAAUCAGCGUUACAGUCCCAGUGAGAGAGCGCUGUUGUGUUGUGGUACACCAGGAAGAGCGGAUCAGUCAGUGAGUGGAUGAGGGAGCGGUGUGAGGUUCUCUGAGCGGAGCCAACAUGUUACUGACCAUUACCGUGCUCGCUGCCUGUCUGCUGCUGCCCGCGGUCGAGCCCCAGACUUUUGUGAUCACGGCGGAGAGUUCGAUUAACGUGACCGCCGGAGACACCGCCAACUUCACAGUGAAGCCGUCCGCUGCCGUGAGGAGUGGGAACUGGGAAUUCAUGAGCAAGAGUGUUGGUCUGUGGAUCGGUUCAUCUCCUUCUGUCAGCAAUGAAUAUGCAUCCAGGGCUGAGAUUCUCACACCCAAUGGAUCUCUGCUGUUGAAGUCAGUGACAAGCUCAGACAGUGGGGUCUACACCGUUGCCAUGAUCCCCGAAGUAGGGGAUCAAGCAUCGAAGACUAUCACCCUGCAUGUACUUGAACCUGUGUCCAAGCCUAACGUUACUGCUAAUGCUACAAACCCAGUAGAAUUCAAUGACACCGUGGCUCUGACUUGCAUCGCAUCAGGUACAGCAGUUUCAUAUCAAUGGCUUGAGGAAAAUAGCACUAUUACUCCCAAUGACAGGAUUGCCCUAAGCGAUGAUAACAGCAGCCUCAUUAUAUCUGGAGUGUUACGGUCCGAUGGAGGAUUCACAUGCUAUGCAUUCAACGACAUUAACGGGAUGACAAGUGACCCAUACCAUCUAAACGUUAGCUAUGGACCGGAUGGCCCUAAAAUAUCCAUUAAUCCCGAUUUGUCCAUUUACCCCGCUGGAAGAGCAGUUACCUUUACAUGUUCUGUGGAUUCAAACCCACCUGCAGAAAUGGAAUGGCUCCACAAUGAAAGUUCUCUUCAACACAAAGGGCGUGAGCUAAUUAUUGCUAGCAUUUCGUUGAAUCAAAGUGGAACUUAUACCUGUCAGGCCUUUAACACUUUAACACAAAGAUACAGUGUCUCAACUAAGCCAAUAAUUGUCGUAGUGCCAGUUUCUAAUGUCAACGUAUCAUCCAACAAUUCAGCGCCAGUAGAAAACCUUCACGCCAUUUUAUUGACUUGUGAGGCCGCGGGCUCUAUACAAUCAAGGAUAUGGUAUAAGGAUAACCGCCUUCUCAAGGACAGUGAUGGAAUAAAAACAUCUGAAGAGAAAAAGACACUGACUAUAAUCAGUGUUAACAGAAACGAUUCUGGAACAUAUACAUGCCAAGUCAUUGGUGUCACUAACAACGCAUCCGGAAGUUUUGACCUGAAAAUUAAUUAUGGACCAGAGGCAGUCACUGUUGAACCCCCGGGGCCAAGUCACCUAGAACUGGGGCAAUCGCUUAUAUUACGUUGCUCUGCCCAAUCCGUCCCUCCAGCUGUCUAUACAUGGUCCAAUGAUAAUGGUCAGUUAGACAGUGGACAAACGUACAACAUUGAAUCAACAAAGGAAAGUCCAGGUGGGAAUUAUACCUGUGAGGCUUAUAACAGCAUAACCAAACAAACCAGUAGUGCUACUAAAGAGGUAACUAUUGAAGAAAAGACCACGAAAAGCAAAACGUUGUCCCCUGGUGCCAUCGCGGGCAUUGUGAUUGCAAUUCUCGCUGUUCCGGUGAUUGGGGGGACUGCAUGGUUCCUCAAAAAGAAGUUCAGCAGGGGAAAAGGUGGAUCUCAACAAAAUAAUAGCAAAUUGGCUUCACCUGGAAGUGGACCAACAGCAUCUAGUAAUGGGACCAAUCCUGACAACAUGAAGACAUCAGGGACAGAUGUUGUUUAUUCCGAACCGAACAUUAACCCUUUGCACCCAACAGCGCCACCUGCACUGAUUGAUAGCAAUAAGACUGCCUAUGCCGAACUGAAGUUCACAUGAGUUUGUAUUUGAAGGAAAGAGUGUAUAUAAUUAUAAUCACUUAUCCACCUUAAACGUAAUACAGAUGCUUGGAUGUAUGCUGAGACUUUCAGUGUCCAGCUUCUCAAGAACAAAAGCUAAUGGACUUUUACAAAAAGAAGGCAUCCAGCCAAUUUAGUUUUCUAUUUUUUUUAAGAAAAUGAUUCCUCUAAAGGGACAGAAUUAUUAAGUAAUAGUUACUGCAAGUCUGCGUCAUAAACUAAGGCUUAAAUUGUUGGAUGGAGAAAACCAAUGAAUCAAUUCUUUCCUUCCAAAGUGCUAGGCCCGCAAUAGUAAACACAAAUAUCUAUUUUCUUAGCUAAUAUCUCGCUGCCAAAUUUACAACCCAAAGUAAACGACGCCUACAAUAUACAGCAUUGAAGUUGACCUUUCUGAUGCAUAUGCCGUUGCCCUUCUCCGGCUGGCUUAGUGUAGAUUCCCUACAGGAUAGAAACAGGCCCUACAACCCAAACUGACCCUCCCAAGUGUAACCCACCCAGACCCAUGCGCCUACCCCCCUGACUAAUACACCCAACACUGUGGGACAAUUUAGCAAGACCAAUUGACUUGACCUGCACAUCUUUGGUUUGGGGGAGAAUGUGCCAACUCCAAGCAGACAGUCACCCAAGGCUGGGUCCGUAGUGCUGUGAGAUAGCCGUGCUAACCACUGAGUCACCAUGCCACCCAAGCCAUUGGAGUUGACCUUUCUGGAGGGUAUGCCAUUGCCCUUCCCUGGCUGAUUCUUCCAGGUUUAUGCCAAGCGCCCAUUAGGGGAUUGAACUGAUCCAGAAACAAGCAACCUUCACGGUCCCUUAAGACUGCAAACAGCUUAAGGUGUUGAGGCAUCUGACUUAAUUGCUGUUGGCAUGCAAAGCUGAAUGGAGGGAGGGGAGGAGGGAUGAUGCUGAAGGGAAUCUAAGAUUGCCGGCAUUUAUACCAAUAGAGAGCCAUUUUAUUCCUUUCCAUAAACAUGCUCAGGCUUUUCCUUAUCGCACUUCCUCUUCCCAAAACGGAGGCGUGUGAGCAAGCUUUCUGAAGCAUGAUGCGCUUCAAGCCGUUUCACGGUGGGCCUCGGGCCCUGAGAUUUCUGAUGUUGCCCCAGUCUGACAAGGAAGCGUAUGAAGGGCCCGAGUGUCAGAGUUCUGGCCUGGAGUCGAGAGUGAAGGCAUUUGCCUCCUCCCGCCCCGUUUUCCGUCUGCCGCGACCACGUCCCUGCUUCUGCGAGGUGGGAGUGACUACCUGACGGCUCCUGGUUGGGAAAUAAUGCGUCCAAUGAAUAAAGGGGGUUGAUGCACUUAGCUGUCUGGCCUGCAAUACAGAUUGAAGCUCAUAGCCUGGGUUCAAUUCCGACAUCUGUCAGAGACUCCUGUGAAAGGUGUCUCUUCCCCCCCCUACCUGAGGUAUGGUGACCCUCACAUUAAACCACCCCCAGCGAUCUCUCUGUAAUGUGACAGUAUACCUUUACAACAAAGCAGUACAGUAAACCUUUUAUUAACCUGCAUCUCAGGAACGCACCAGACAAUCAAAUAUAUUCCAGAUGUUCAAGAGGCCCACAUAAUCGAUGUGGAAACACGCACUAAGUAAUGGAAAUAAAAUGCACAACGCUUUAUUUAUAGCAUAAGUCACUUAAAUGAUAAUAAAACUUUGCCUUAAAUAAAACUUACCUGUUAAAAAGC